AUGACGACAACUAAACUAAUUAAAAAAAUAGAUGACUUUUUGGUGAAGAUUGAAACUUGCAGCGAGGAUAAUGAUACUAAGUCGAGUAUUUUGAAAGAGUUUCAUGAGCAAUUACUUGAGAAAGAAAAAAGUCUGAAAUUUGUGAAUUUUGAUAUUGAAGCGUAUUUACCGCUAGAUGAAAUUGAAAAGGAUUGUACUACUUCCGAAGAAUAUUCGGAAAAUAUAGUACUUUGGAAGCAACGAAUAAAAAAUAAAAUAGAACUAUUAGAGACUAAAACUAACAAUUCCAGUUCAGUUAAUUCCUCAGAAUUAAAUGUUCAGAAUGUUAGGACUGUAAAAUUGCCUCGAUUAAACAUUAAACCUAACUAUGGGGAUCCAACAUUUUUGGGAGGUGCUGCAGCAAAUUGCAUUAAAGGUUUUACUUUAUCAGAAGAAAAUUACGAUUCGGCUAUUGAAUUACUAAAAAAGCGUUUUGGUAAUACACAUACUUUGAUUCAGUUACACAUGAAUAAUUUAUUGAAAAUUCCUGCUGUGUAUAAUUCAAGGGAUUUAAAUAAGUUGCGAAUUUUUUUUGAUAAAGUGGAGGUUCAAAUUAGGAAUUUGAAAAGUUUAGGCAUUGAAAUAGAUUCAUACUGUAAUUUGUUAACACCAAUCAUACUUGAUCGUGCUCCUAGAGAUCUUGUUUUGGAAUUCAAUAGAAAAUAUUCGGAAGGGUAUAAAUUUCAGGACGUUCUUACUUUCUUAGAAAGUGAAAUUCAAUCGCGUGAACGUGCAUUACUUGUGCAAUUAAGGUCGGAAUCGUUUAAAUCUGGUUCAGAAAAUUCUUAUAAGAAUGAUCGUAAAAAUGGGUCAAGUAACAGUAAGAGUUAUAAAAACUAUGCUGCAACAGCAAACUAUGUGGCUAGUACAAAAAAGCAUUGUGUAUUUUGUAAUAGUCCAGAUCAUGAGUUUUGCGAUCGCAUGUGCAGGUUAAAAGUUGAAUGCAAAUUUUGUAAAAGUAAAUUUCACAGUUACGUUUUAUGUGAAAAUGCUAAGAAUAAACCUUUAAGUAAUGACAAAGUUAAUGAACAAAAUAACUCUGUUGUGACGCAAUGUAAUUCGUCGGCUUUAAAAUCAAAUAUUUUAUUGCUUACAUGUUCAGUGAUUGCAAGUGCAGGUAAAGAUUCAAAUUCUGUAGAAAUUGCUCGAGUACUUUUAGAUAACGGUUCUGAAAGAUCUUGGAUCACAAAAUCUUUAGCAAGUUGUUUAAAAUUAAAUAUAGUUGGAAGGGAAAGGCUUUCAGUUUAUUCUUUCGGUUCGGUAAAAACAUCGGAAAGAAUUUAUGAGGUUGCAAAACUUAAACUAUCAAAUAUAAAUAACUCUGAAUCAUCAAUUGAAAUUGAAGUUUUAGUAACGCAAACAAUAACUUCAGCAUCCUUAGCAGUACCUAAUGUCAACGUUCAAAAUGCAUUGCAACAGAAAGGCUUGUUCCUUGCAGAUAUGUGUAAUAGUGAAAAUGAAAUUGAAGUGUUAAUUGGAGGGGAUGUGUUUUGGGGUAUCACAGAUAAGGAAGAAUUAACUUUAACAGAUAAGCGUAUAAUAGAUAGAUUUCAAUCAAAUUUAAAAUUCAUUCAGGGUAGAUAUGAAACACGAUUGCUAUGGAAAUUUUCCCCGAUUGAGUUAGGGAAUAACUUUUGUAAUGCAAAGAAAAGAUUUGAUGAAUUGCAAAUAAUUCUUCGGAAGGAUGAAUGGUUGGCUAAAGAAUAUAAUAAAAUUAUUGAGGAACAAGAACGGCUAGGUAUAGUUCAGGAAUGUAUUAGAACUGAAAACGAAUACUUUAUGCCACAUCGUCCUGUUGUUAGGAUUGAUAAGGAUACGACUAAAGUGAGACUCGUUUUUAAUUGUAGUUCAAAAUUAAAGCAAAAUAUUUCGUUAAAUGAUGCGUUAGAAUGUGGUCCAAAUUUAAACGCUAACAUUCUUGAUAUUAUGUUAAACUUUAGGAAAUUUAAAAUUGCAUUCAAUGCAGACAUUGAAAAGGCUUUCCUUAUGAUUAGUAUUGCAAAAAAUGAUCGUAACUAUUUGAAAUUUAUUUGGGCUUCAAAUAACUCUGAGGGAUAUAAAAUUAUGCAAAUGAAUCGAUUACCAUUCGGUUGUACAAUGUCAAAUUUUGUUCUCAGUGCUACAAUUAAAACUCACAUAAAAAAAUAUGAAGAUAAUAGGCGUACAACUGUUGAAAUGUUGAAAAGUUCAUUGUACGUCGAUGAUUUGUAUUUUGGAGCUGAAAGCGUGGAAGAAGCAUUUCAGUUGUCGUCUGAUGCCGUAUCAGUUUUGAAAGAUGGGGGUUUCAACUUAAGAAAGCUCAGAUCUAAUUCAGUUGAAUUGGAAUCUUUAUGGGUUGACCAGGGUCUGAGUACUAGUGAGUGCUUGGAAAAUUGUCAGUUAAAGGUGUUGAUGUUGAAUUGGAAUACUAAGGAGGACAGUUUGUCAUUAGAUGUAAAAUCUUUGUUGAGUAAUUUAUCUUCGUUGAAAAAUACUAAGCGUUGUGUGCUGCAGACAGCCGCAAUGAUAUUUGAUCCAAUGGGUUUUUUGUCUCCUUUUGUUGUAAGAAUUAGAUGUUUAAUGCAAGAUAUUUGGAAAAUAGGUACAGAUUGGGAUGAUGAAUUGCCAGAGAAUUUGACUUUGAAGUGGAGGAAGUGGUAUGGGGAGAUUAAAGAUUUAGAUUCAAUAACGGUGGAAAGAUAUUUCUUUUUAAAUGUGAGUGACCUUAGGGAUUCUGUUGAAAUACACAUAUUUUCGGACGCGUCAUUAGUGGCUUAUGGUGCGGUUGCAUACUUUAGGUAUAGUAAUAAGAAGAAUGAAGUUUCGACAUCCUUUAUAAUGUCAAAGGUCAGAGUGGCACCGUUGAAAAAGUUAACGCUUCCGAGACUGGAAUUGUUAGGAGUGUUAGUGGCUGCAAAAUUGUGCAAAUAUUUGUCUGGUUUAUUUAAUAAUUUGUCUGAUAGAGUAAUAUUAUGGACGGAUUCAGAAAUCUGUUUGUGUUGGAUUAGAGGUUCAUUUAGGGAGUGGAAACAAUUUGUUGCAAAUCGUAUUUGUCUUAUUCAAGAUUUGACUUCGCCUAGUAUGUGGAAAUUUUGUCCAGGUUUAAUGAAUCCAGCAGAUAAACUGACAAAAGGUGAAUCAUUGAGUUUGUUGAAAAAUGACAGCGUGUGGUGGCGCGGACCAAAGUGGUUGGCUAGUCCUAGUGAUGAGUGGCCGUUGCAGAAACAAUACUGUACGAAUGACGCGGCGAAAGUUGAACUUUUGAAAGUUAGUGUUAACACGGUUGUUUCAUCGUACAGUCCUGUAUUAAAAGUUAACGACUUUAGUAAUUUCAAAAAAUUACUGAGAGUGACUGCAUGGGUGUUGAGAUUUAUUUCGAAGUCCAGAAAAUUAUCAAUUGAAAAGGGUCCACUGAGUGCUAUAGAAUUACAAGAAGCUGAAGAGAUGUGGAUAAAAACUGUGCAGUGGGAAGUGUUCCGCGAGGAAAUUCAAAGACUUCAAAAGAAUCAGCAGAUUAGUAAAUCUUCUAAGAUUUAUUCCUUAUCUCCAUAUCUGGACGAGACUGGUGUUCUUAGGGUAAGAGGACGUCAAAGGAGGCUCCAUUGA